AUGAAGGGCCGUGCUGGCCCCGAGGUGGGUCACAGCAGGUGCCUGCGGCCAGGCCCUGGAGAUGGGCUCCUCUCACCGCUGUGGGUCUGGCUGUCCCAUGCAGGGAAGUUCAAGCUGCUGGACCAGGACCGGGACAUCCGCGAGCCCGUGCAGUACUUCAACAGCGUGGAGGAGGUGGCCAGCAUCUUCCCAGACCGCGUCUUCGUCAUGGAGGCCAUCACCUUCAGCGUGAAGGUGGUGUCGGGGGAGUUCAGCGAGGACAGCGAGGUGUACAACUUCACGCUGCACGCGGGGGACGAGCUGACGCUGAUGGGCCAAGCGGAGAUCCUCUGCGCCAAGACGGUGAAGGAGAAGUCGCGCUUCAACACCAUCCUGCGGAAGCUGGGCAAGGCGGCGCCGGCGGUGGGGGCCAGGCAAGUGAAGGGCAAGAUGCCCUGCCUGAUCUGCAUGAACCACCGCACCAACGAGAGCCUCAGCCUGCCCUUCCAGUGCAAGGGCCGCUUCAGCACCCGCAGCCCCCUCGAGCUGCGGCUGCAGGAGGGCGAGCACACCAUCCGCAGCAUCAUCGAGAAGGUGCGGCUGCCCGUCAACGUGGCCGUGCCCAGCCGCCCUGCGCGCAACCCCUACGACCUGCACGCCAUCCGCGAGGGCCACUGCUACAAGCUGGUCAGCAUCAUCUCCAAGACGGUGGUGUUGUGCUGCAUCCUCCGCCGGGACGAGCUGGUCCCCUUCCACUUCCUCCUGCUGACUGACAUGCCCCGCUUCCAGCUGCCCGAGGGGCUGCUCGCCGGGGACCCCCAGCUGGAGAAGCUGCUGCGGGACAGUGCCGCAUACUGCCACGACCGCUUCAACCCCGAUGAGUACUCACGGGCCGUGCGGGAGGCCAAACCUGACUUUUCGGAGGAGUGCGCCAGCCCCCGGCGCCUGCGGCUCUGCCUGCCUGCCUGCGCCCGUGAGGAGCUCAGCCAGCCCCUCCAGCGCCUCUCCCUCUGCGCCUGCACCACGGGGGUCCCCCGGGAGCCUGUCGCCCGCUGCCAGGGACCACGGGGCGUCGGGGGGGGCACCCCGCGCCCGCCGCUGCCCGUCCCCGACCCCGACCGGGAGUACAUGACACCCGACUGGGCCGAGCCCGAGUUCAGGACUCAGGAGCCGCUGGAGAUCCCCUACGAGGAGCUCUGGAGCAACCCCAGCCCGGAGGGCUGCUGUGAGCCCGGCAGCGGCGCCGGCCGGCAGGACCUCGUCUCCUUCGGGCGCGCCGACCUCUCGGCCCUCUCGCUGGAGGAGGUCUCCAAGUGCCUGCGCUUCAUCGGCCUCUCCGAGGACGUGGUCAGCUUCUUUGCCCGCGAGCGCAUCGACGGCAGCAUCUUCGUGCAGCUCAGCGAGGAGAUCCUGGCCGACGACUUCCGCCUCACCAAGCUCCAGGUGAAGAAGAUCAUGCAGUUCAUCAAGGGCUGGCGCCCCAAGAUCUAG